AUGAUUAGAAACGAGUUACCCAACUAUGGCACGGGCACAUCGGAUUCGGAGGAGUUAACGCUAAAAUAUGGAAAUAGAAUAGAAAAUUACCUUCCAUACCACACAUUUGAUACAAAUGAAAUUAAUACUAGGAAUCGGAAACGCGUUACGCCUCGUUCUACUUUGAGAUCGGAAGACGCGGUAGGUGGUUGUGGUGGAGGCUUUUUGACUUAUUAA